CAAACUUAGCAACUUUCUUUUGGAGUUGCUAAAUUUUAGAUACCAACUUAUUGGUAUACAUUGCAAAAAAUACUCCUCCCAUAAAAAUACUAACUAGAGUCUCAUGGACUCUCACCAUUGGAUAGAGUCCUACAAGUAAAAUUAAGUUUUGUGCCCUAAUUGUUGUUGGAGUUGAUUCAAUCACCCCAUAAUUGAUCAACUUGGUAAGUUUUACUUCAAAAAAAUCAGUAAAAAAAAAAAUAAAUAUAUAAAAGGAAAAAAUAUAUAAAAAGUCAACAUUUACCCGCCAUUUUAAAGUGAACAUUGAACAAGCUUCCAUUCAAAAGCUGAUCAAAUCCCCCAAUUUAAAAACCCUAAAUUCAAAAUUGUUUCAAAUUUCUAAUUCAAUCAGUUAGAAACUAAUAGUGAGGACUGCAAUUGCCGAUUAAAAAUUGAUAAUUAAUGGCGGCAGUGGCUGGAUUUUACAGAAGAUCGCUUCCUUCACCUGCCAUUGAAUUUGCUUCUUCAGAAGGCAAGAUUCUCUUUUCAGAAGCUCUCCUGGAAAGAAAUAUGGAAGGAUUUUUUAAGUUGGUGUCAUAUUACCAGACUCAAUCAGAACCUGCAUAUUGUGGGCUGGCUACCCUUGCUAUGGUUUUAAAUGCCCUUGCAAUUGACCCCAGGAGGAAGUGGAAAGGUCCAUGGAGAUGGUUUGAUGAUUCUAUGUUAGAUUGUUGUGAGCCUGUGGAGAAAAUUAAGGCUAAUGGUAUCACUUUUAGCAAAGUUGCAUGCCUGGCUCAUUGUAAUGGAGCAGAAGUAGAAGCAUUCCACACAAAUGAUAGUGCAAUAGACAACUUCCGGAGCUAUGUGAUUUCUAGUUCUUCUUCUGGAAAUUUUCACAUGAUCGUCUCUUACAACAGAACAAUUCUGAAGCAGACAGGAAGUGGUCAUUUUUCUCCAAUUGGUGGUUACCAUGCUGGAAAGGAUAUGGUUCUUAUUUUAGAUGUUGCUCGAUUCAAGUACCCUCCUCAUUGGGUUCCCCUCACACUUUUAUGGGAUGCUAUGAACACAGUUGAUGAAGCUACUGGAUUUUAUAGGGGGUUCAUGCUUCUAUCAAGGCCUGAGAGAGCAUCAUCAAUUCUGUAUACUCUGAGUUGUCGUCAUGAUGGCUGGGACAUUACAGCUAUGUACUUGACUAAAGAGGUCCCACAGCUUGUAACUUCUGAAGAAAUCAAUAGCAUUCAAGAUAUACUAUCAGUUAUAUUUACAUCAUCUCCUUCAUAUCUGAGUCAUAUCAUACAUUGGGUUGCUGAAGUUCGAAGAAAAGAGGAUGAGAGUAAUUUUAUUAGUGAAGAGGAACGGGGAAGGUUAAGCAUCAAGGAAGAGGUGUUGAAACAACUACAGGAAACAGAACUUUUUAAACACAUCAUAGUAUGGCUUUCAUCUGGAGCAGAAUUCGUGUGCAAUGCAAAUUUGGAUGGUCAUAAUUCUAUAGAUAAAGUUGCUUCCGAAGUGUGCUGUCACGAUGCUAAGGUUUUCCGUGGCAAGGUUGGCUCUUGCAAUGCAAUUUGCUGUAGAACAACAGAAUUGAGUUCCUCAGACUGUGACAUUGUUGAGUCUACCACUGUAAUUUCUGGCAAAGUGAUUGUGGAAAAUUCUGAAUGUGGAGUAGAAGUGCUGGUCCCGUACUGUCAAAGAAGUUCUGGUUGUUGUAAUAGGCACCAUCCAUCAGUGGUUGAUGCUCUAACCAUUUUAAUUUUGACCCUGCCUCCUGAUACAUGGUAUCAUCUUAAAAAUCCAAAGCUGCGAGAAGAAUUUUGUAGUAUAGUGCUCACCAACAAUCUCCCGGACUUACUCCAACACGAGAUUCUGCACGUGCGAAAACAGCUGCAUUACCUUGUGGCUGAUGUCUGUUCUUCUUCGACAUAGUAUGAUAAGACUGAUAACUACUGGUGCUUCUGUUUGAACUUCCAUCUAUAUAGUAGCUGUUAACUUUCUGCCUUGCUUGAAAAGAAGAUACUUGAUGACGUUUUUACUUGUGAAGUCAUUGAUAUGUAUGAACAUAUAAUAAUAACAGGGAUUCAGAAAAAAUCUGUGUGAAAUAAGUGAAAUUAUGGAAAUUGAAAGCCACUGCAUUUGUUAAAUCAAUAAUCACUCAUUCACUCGUAUCUUUUACAA